AUGGGAAAGGACAAGACGGCGGCCCUGGAGCGCGCGAAGAAGGCGACGGCGACGGCAAAGGGGAAGAAGACGGCCCAGGGGACGUCCUCGCGGUCCGGUCUGCCGCCGGGCUGGAUCCAGGGAGAUUGGAUCCGCUCCACCGUUGAGCGGGAUGACCUGGAGAAGCUCGUCGAGGAUGGCCUGAUUGCUGACAAGUCUUGGAGAUUGCCGGAGGGGGAAUCGGAGCCUCAGCCACGCGAGGACGAGCAUGUCCUCCUCGCCACCCAUAUUUACACCAAGAUGUACUCGAUGCCCAACGGAGAGCAGUUCCAGGAGGGAGAGGAGAGCACAGACGAGAGUGGCGACUGGCAAUCCCCAAAUGACGAAGAUGAUGACAGCGACGACUUGGGCGGUAGUGAGGAAAUUGACUCGCCGCCCCGCUCAGAACAUCGAUCUAAACAGACCCACGACCCUGCAGGUGAGCGCGGCAAGGCAGCUCCUCCAAGCGCACAGGUGCAAAAGCGCAUUCGGACUUCGUCGCCAGAACCGACUGAGAAGGCUGUGAAACAACUCAAGACCGCCCCUUCGAAGCCUCGGAAGGCCUUGCCCAAGAUCAAGGUGGAUGUUCUUGUUGCCUCUACCGCUGCUACUUCCGGGACGUCCGUGGACAUUGACAAGGAGCAGGACGACAAGGAGACUGCAGACAUGGCCACUUCUAGAGCGGUCGAGUCUUUUGCAGCGCCGCCACAUGUUACUGAUCUCCCGGACAACGACGACCAUGAAGACGGGCCACAGAAGAACACAGGGAAAAAGGGCACGACUUUGAGUAAGAAGGUGCCUGCCAGCAAGGCAUCUCACUCGACUCUAGUGCCAGAACCAGUCGCCCAACGAUUCGGGGAUCUGAUUCGAGCUUCUGUUUCUUUUGCCGACCCUGUGUCGACUGAUCGUCCUUCGGCGUCGACUGCUCAGGCCCCUGCUCUGACUGUGCAACUCCAGACUUCAGCUCCUCUGGCUGCCUUGACUGUUCCACCAACUCCACUCUUUGUUACCCAUCAUGGCCCAAAGGACCAAGUAAGCGCUGCUAAGGAAGCCAUUCGCCAAGCAGGUCUUAUGAUGGAGCAAAUGAAGGUGGUGCAUGAGGCUAGCAAGGCUGCGUACGACGCCAGCUCUGCUCUUCAAACCAAUGUCCAGAUGUCCGUGGAUGAGCGUUUUGAAACCUUUAAUGUGCAUCUAUCAUGA